AUGUUUAAACGGUCAGUCAUCAAUCAAACUAAAUUGUUCUCCACCACACGUCCAAUUUUGGGCAAGAAGGUCUACUUUGAUCCAUCUGUCAAUGGUAAAAAAAUUGGCAGAAUCGAAUUUGAACUUUAUGACGAUAUUGUUCCAAAAACAGCAGAAAAUUUCAGAGCUCUGUGUACUGGGGAGAAAGGUUUUGGUUACAAGAAUGUCCCAUUCCACAGGGUCAUCCCACAAUUUAUGAUUCAAGGUGGUGACACCGAUCUUGCUGGUGGAUUUGGGGGUAAAUCAAUCUACGGAUCCAAAUUCGCUGACGAAAACUUUUCAAAGAAACAUGACAAACCGUUUUUGCUGUCCAUGGCUAAUGCAGGUCCAAACACAAAUGGUUCUCAAUUCUUCAUUACUACUGUGCCAUGCCCAUGGCUAGACGGCAAGCACGUUGUGUUUGGCGAAGUUACUAGUGGCGAAGAUGUUGUCAAGACUAUUGAGGGCUACGGUACUAUGUCAGGUAAGCCAAAAUCAGAAAUUUUGAUUGAGGAAUCUGGCGAAUUGUAA